AUGAGUAAAGAAUCAAAGAUGACUAGGGAAGUGUACGACGCAGUGUUACUUACACCAGGAGCAGUUGGUAUAUCAAUGGCAUCAAAGAAACUAUUGAAAGAAUCAUUAGGUACCCCAGAGAAUGUAAAAGGAAUGGCGAAGUUAGCUAUUUCAGUUAGUCUUUCAUCUCUACUGGUCUCUUACUUGAAAGAAAAGAAGUAUCUACCAGAUGAUCCAUUCAAAACCUAGGUAAGACUAUACAAUGGCGGGAGCAGUAGCAGGAGGACUCUUUAAUGCAUUUGCAUUUGCAGGAGCAGGAUAUUUAUUUAAGAUGUUUGACAAGAAUGGAUACGCUGAGGAAGCCCAUAGACAUAACAUAGCAAUGGAGAAUUUCACAGCUGAAAGAGAGAAGUACCUUGAGGAAGUCACUGACAGGAGAAACAAAAUUGCUAGACUAAGGGCAGAAUUAGCCGAAGCAAAUAGUGACAUCAAGUCUACAAAUCAGUCUCUGGAAUUAGUUAGGAGAAUCAAUGAGUUAAGUCGUAAGGCUAUGCCAAGGAGGCCACAACUAAGUAACCACUACAAACCUAGCCCUAGGAUGGAAGAUUAUAUGACAAUCUUUGGUUUAAUUACUGGUGGGGUAGUCGGAGGGGCUGCCUAUUUAAUACUAUAG